GCAACUACUUCAAAUCAAUCUCGAUCAGCAGUCUAUCUCUUAUCAUCGAUUCAUCACUCGAAAUGUCAGAAGAUCUAUUCUCAGUUUUAGCUGCAAUCGGUAUCAUAGCUUUGGUUUACAGAUGGUUCACUACUUCUCCAUCGGUCUCUUCAACCACCUCAGGAUCAGGUCGAGCUCAAACUGCACUUCAACGUAGAGCCUUGGCCGUCUCUCAAUCUCAAGUAGAUAGACUUCUUACUACAUUUCCUCAACUUACUGAAAAUGAAAUUAGAUAUGCUUUGGUGACGACUACGGGUGGGGUUGAAGCUGUGGCUGAACGUGUACUGAUUCAGGGAGGCCUUCCGCCGCCACCAGCUAACUUUUUUCCAGCUGCUCCCACCUCCAAUCAAUCCGCCACGUCAAACUCCAAUACAUCAUCUUCGACUGGCUCAACAGCUGUACCAUCUCAAGCUGGAUCACCAUCAUCUCAUACGACUACUUCAUCUAGUUUGAUCUCAAGACUAUGUUUAGAAUCUUAUAAACGGGAUCAAGAUUCAGCAAUUUCAGAAAAACGCGAAUGGACUUGGGAAGAAAGUCAAAGUAGAUUAGAGAACUCAAAAGCUCAAGAUGCGUCAAGUGGAUCAACAGAUCAAAACUCUAAUGCAUUAAAGGAUCGAAAAGCAAAGAUGGUACUCGAAUCUAGGUGGCGUAUGCUUCAAAAAGAUCGUAAAGGAAAAAGUACAGCUACAGUGUGAUUAAGAUGAACAUAAUUUGUUAUAUAUUUAGAACCCCUUUCAAGUGAAAAUUUUCAUCCUUCCUUCGUCCUUUUGUCCGCCCGGAGCAAGGACUUCACCCAAUCUUUGCAGUACCUUUUUUACGUAUCUUCUCAAAUGAGAAUCAAUUUUGUGUGAAAUUAAACUUGAUUGUUGUAUUCUCUGAGAUUAGAAAGUAAAAAGAAAGGAAUUAUAUUUACAUAUGCAAACUAAAUUGAUCGCUUUUCUUAAGUUGUAGGUCUGAUAUAAUUCCCUUCAUUGAUGUUAGAAUGAUCCUGUAGUUAUUUUGUUUCUUUCUUUUUUGAUUUCUUAAAGUUUAUUAUAAGAUUACAUUCAUAUUACAUCGGAUUUGAAUUCAUACUUUUAAUGCAACAUUAAUUUACAUCAGU